CUUGCAAUAACAGAAUCUUCCCUUAAAUUAAUCUUGUCCGUUUAUUUUAUCAACAGGCGGUCCAGAUCUCUCCUUCUCUUCUGCAUAUCAUCCCUGUUCUCACUUCCGUUUUCUUCUGUCUCACUCUCACUGUCGCCCAACCCAAAGCAGCAGCGGCUCUUACUCUAAAAUGGCAGAAAAAAUCGCCGAUCGGCGGAAAAAAUCGUCUCAUUUCUCUUCGAUCUUUUCCUCUCUAAACGUAUACUAGCUCUGCCGAGGAAAAUCUCUUGCGUGAAACUCGUUUCAGCUUAAUCGGUAAAAAAUCCCGUCCUGAGCUUCCGAUUUUCGGUUUUUGAUAUGAAAACGAUCCGAAUCCCAGCUCAAAUGCAAAAGGAUCAGAUUUUUCCAGCUCAGGAAUCGUAUUUCAGUAGAAAAAUGGAAGAAAGCGCGUUUUGAAAGCUGGAGCUUGUUUCUAGUUUUCUUUUCGGAACUUUCUGAAAAUUAAGGUUUUGAAACGAUCUGAAUCGCAGAACAAAUGCGGAAAGAUCGAUUUCCUUCUGCUCAUAACAAGCAUUUCAGGAGAAAAGGCGAAAAAAACGCGUUUUGAAAGUUUGAGCUGAUGUUUUCCUGCUUUUUCAGGCUUUCUGAAUUUUAGGGUUUUGAAAACGAUCUGAAUCGCAGCUGGAAUAGCUAAAGAUCGGAUUUUUUCAGCUCAGCAAAUGACUUUACUCGUUCUCUAGGGCUUCUGCUGUUAAAAGAUCUAAACGGCAGCCGGAACGGCAAAAUAUUGGAUUUUUUCUUUCUUUCUUCUUCUUCCUCUUAAAAAAAAUUUAUUUGGCGAAGGAAACUAAUUUCAGUAGCUGAGUCAAAGGAAUUGCUUCGUAGCAGCUGAAGCGGGUACUGUUUACUUCUCUUUGGGCUUUGGAAUGGUCACUGAGAGUCCUGUGAAGAUGCUGUCGAUGCUUGGAAGCAGCGAGGGAUCAUAUGGUGAGGAUUUGGGGAAGGAGAUUGGUUUGUUGCUCCAGCGGCGCCAAGAAGCGAGCGAUCAGGAGCGGGAGCUGAAUCUUUAUCGAAGUGGUUCUGCCCCACCGACUGUCGAAGGAUCCUUAUCUGCUGUUGGAGGCCUCUUUGGCCACGGCGGUGGUGACCUAUCGGAGGAGGAAUUGCGAUCUGAUCCAGCAUAUUUGUCAUAUUACUAUGCGAAUGUGAAUAUGAACCCUCGGCUGCCACCGCCUGUGUUGUCGAAGGAAGAUAUGAGGUUUGCGCAGAGGUUGCAGGCGGGUGGUUCGGGUUUGGGAGGUAUUGGAGACAGGAGGAAGGUGAACCGGGUGGAUGAAGGGGGGAGUAGAUCGCUGUUCUCAUUGCAGCCGGGUUUUAAGGAGUGUGAUCCGGAGUCGAGGAAUUCACAAGCGUCGUCGGAGUGGUUGGAGAGAGGAGGUGACGGGUUGAUUGGGUUGUCAGGGUUGGGUCUGGGGGGCAGGCAGAAGAGCCUUGCUGAUAUCUUUCAGGAGGAUCUGGGUCGAUCAACUCCCAUCUCUGGUCAUCCAUCUCGUCCAGCAAGUCGUAACGCCUUUGAUGAUGGCAUUGAAAAAUUGGGUCCUGCUGAAGCGCAGCUAAAUCAUUUACAUCAUGAGAUGCCCUCUGGUGCAAAUGUUCAAAGCACGGCUGGGGUCCAAAGUAUUGGACCAUCAGCUUCUCACACAUACGCAUCUGCCUUGGGUCAAUCUCUGUCAAGAAGCACCACUCCUGACCCUCAGCUUAUAGCAAGGGCUCCUAGUCCUCGCCUUCUACCUGUGGGUGGGAGGUUUGGUGCUACAGAAAGGAAAAGUAUCAAUGGUCCAAGCUCAUUCAAUAGCCCAUCAAGCAUCAGUGAAUCUGUGGAUCUGGUUGGUGCUUUGUCAGGUAUGAGCCUGUCAGCAAAUGGCAUGGUAGAUGAGGAAAAUCAUCUUCAGUCACAGAUUCAACAGGAAAUCGACAAUCACCAGAAUUACCUUUUCGAUCUACCAGGUGGUCAGAAUCAUGCUAAGCAACACCUGUACUCGAAAAAAUCUGAAUCUGGGCAUUUUCAUCUGCCUUCUGUUCCUCAGUCUGUUAAACCAUCAUAUCCUGAUGUGAGUAAAAGCAAUGGAGCUUUAAUCGACCAAAGCAAUUCUUCUUUGAUGGUUGAUGGUCCAGCUGAACUGCACAAGCCCAUUGUCUCUUCUGCUAACUCAUAUUUGAAAGUACCCACAUCACCUACUAUUACUAGUCCGGGAGGUUCACCUGCUCAUUAUCAGAAUCCAGAUAGUCCAGCAUUUUCAGGCUAUGGUUUGGGUGGCUAUUCCAUCAAUCCAGCACUGUCACCCAUGAUGACUGGUCAUAUUGGGACAGGUAAUUUGCCUCCAUUGUUUGAAAAUGCUGCUGCAUCUGCAAUGGCGGCCCCGGGUAUGGACUCAAGAGCAUUGGGAGGUUUACCCACUGGAGCGGCAGAAAUGCAAAAUCUCAAUAGAAUGAGUAAUCACACUGCUGCAACUGGUCUUCAGGCGCCUCUCAUGGAUCCAUUGUACAUUCAGUACCUGAGGACAGCUGAAUAUGCUGCACAGGUUGCAGCUAGCUUUAAUGAUCCUUCCAUGGAUAGGAACUACAUGGGCAAUUCAUAUGUGGAUUUACUUGGACUUCAGAAGGCAUAUCUUGGGGCAUUGCUUUCACCACAGAAAUCACAGUAUGGCAUGCCUUUUCUAGGCAAAACCAGUUUGAAUCAUGGUUACUAUGGAAAUCCUACAUUUGGUCUUGGCAUGUCAUAUCCGGGAAGUCCAUUGGCGAGUCCUGUUCUUCCUACAUCUCCUGUUGGGCCUGGCAGUCCUAUGAGGCACAAUGAUCGAAAUAUACGUUUUCCCUCCAGCAUGAGAAACCUAGCUGGAGGAGUUAUGGGGUCAUGGCAUUCUGAUGUUGGCAGUAACCUGGAUGAUAGUUUCGCAUCCUCACUCUUGGAGGAAUUUAAAAGCAGUAAGACAAAAAGUUUUGAACUUUCAGAGAUUGCUGGUCACGUUGUUGAGUUCAGCGCUGACCAGUAUGGGAGCCGGUUCAUUCAGCAAAAGCUUGAAACGGCCACUACGGAAGAGAAAAACAUGGUUUUUGAAGAAAUUAUUCCUCAAGCACUUUCUUUGAUGACUGAUGUAUUUGGAAAUUAUGUGAUCCAAAAGUUUUUUGAGCAUGGAACUGCAACCCAGAGGCGGGAGUUGGCCAACCAGCUUACAGGGCAUGUAUUGACACUUAGCCUUCAAAUGUAUGGUUGUCGAGUGAUCCAGAAGGCAAUAGAAGUUGUUGAUUUGGACCAGCAGACUAAAAUGGUUGCAGAGCUUGAUGGUCAUGUCAUGAGAUGUGUACGUGAUCAAAAUGGGAACCAUGUUAUCCAAAAGUGUAUUGAAUGCAUCCCUCAGGAUGCAAUUCACUUUAUAGUCUCAUCAUUCUAUGAUCAAGUUGUGACAUUAUCCACACAUCCAUAUGGCUGCCGUGUCAUACAGAGAGUAUUGGAGCACUGCGAUGAUCCAAAAACUCAACGUAUCAUGAUGGAUGAGAUUCUGCAAAGUGUUUGCAUGUUGGCACAGGACCAGUAUGGUAACUAUGUUGUUCAGCAUGUACUUGAGCAUGGAAAGCCACAUGAACGUUCUGCCAUAAUCAAGAAAUUAGCUGGACAAAUAGUUCAUAUGAGCCAACAGAAGUUCGCUUCGAAUGUUGUUGAGAAGUGUUUAACUUUUGGCGGUCCUGCGGAACGCCAAAUUUUGGUGAAUGAAAUGCUUGGAUCCACUGAUGAAAAUGAGCCCCUUCAGGCCAUGAUGAAAGACCAGUUUGCAAACUAUGUUGUACAGAAAGUCCUUGAGACUUGCGAUGACCAGCAACGUGAGCUGAUUCUUUCGCGAAUAAAGGUGCACUUGAAUGCAUUAAAGAAGUACACCUACGGAAAGCAUAUAGUAGCUCGUGUAGAGAAGCUUGUGGCAGCUGGGGAACGACGAAUUGGAGUUCAGUUGCCUUACCUGUCUUAGAUGUCACAAGAAAGAGAGUUGUUGUACAGCUAACUGAGGCUAGUGUGAGCUCCCUCUUAUCUCUCUAUCUAUUCUAGUAAUCUAUCUAUUUGGACUGGUACAAGCUGAUUGGCAAUAAGUAUGUUGCUCGUGCUGAAAAAUGUACAUUGUGUAGUUUGAGGGUAUAGUAGAAUCAGGCCAAGUGCUGAGAGGCUCAGAUGGUUGAAUUCACCUGAUGCCCAUGAAGAGGAGAUAAAAUGACUGUACAAGUUUUCUUUUUUAAGGGUGUAAAGAGAAGAAAAAUGGAGGUAGUGAAUAUGUUAACGUGACUGUACAAAUGUCGCCAUGUGGAGAGUCGUUGGUUGUUUCGAGAUGAGGCGAGGAUUUUUUUUUUUCUCUCCUUGGGAUUUGAUUAUUUUAGUUCUUUUAAGUACAUUUUUCUAAUGUGCCUAAGUCCCUUCGUUUGAGUAUAUCUCUAGAUGUUGGCAUGGUUAUUUCGUAUGAAUUUGAUUGCUCUUCUUCCA